AUGUUCUGCAGCACCCUCCGUCGCCGCCCUUCCCUCUCCACCCUCAUCCCCCUCCUCACAUCCUCCGCCGACCCCAGACUUCAAGAAACCAACCUCCAAACCCACGACCUCGCCCUCCCCACCCAACCACAACCCUCUCACACCGCCCAGCAGCAACGACCUACAACCCAACCGUUCCUCAUACUGACCAGCUCAAGCCUCCACGACCCGAACGCGACGGAGAGGAUGAACCGCUUCUCGACGCUGACAUCGAGCCCCGUGCCCACGAUCGUGUUCCUGCUGUCUACUUCGGAACAGAGUGAUGCAACCGGGGUGCACGGCUUUAUGGAACUGCAGACACACCUCCACCCCCUCCCCACCCCACCCCCCCUCCUCCCCAUCCCCUCCCCGCAUCACCUCCUCGCCAUACUGCGCACCUACACCACCGCACCCGCACCCUCACCCUCACCAUCGCCCCCGCCACCGCCUCCCGCAGCAACGCUCUCGCUCCUCCCGCACGUGACGGCGACGGCUCCCGCGAGGCCGUUGUCGACGCACACGACGAACGUGCUGAGCGAUCUGUGUCGGUCGGUCAGGGAAGUGGCCGUGCUGGCGGGGACGGAGGGGGGGAGGGGGGUGCUGGGGGAGUGGCUGGGGGAGGAGGGGGGGAAGGGGGUCGCGGAGUUUUGGGAGGGGGAGUGGAUGGUUGAGGGGUUUUGA